AUGGAGGGGGCGAGCGGUGCCGACCCCAUGGACGUAACGGAGAAGAAAAGGCUACAGACCCGGGUGGUACAACAGAAAUACCGUAAGCUGUUCACGGUCAGAUACCCACCGCUCCGGCUCUGCCUUCACUUGCAGAGCUUCAAAGCUGUAGGUAAACGACUCAAGGAGAGAAUCCGGGAACUCGAAGAGCUCAAGAAGCACAUUGGCGACUUUUCUGAACUCAAGGACCAGGUCGACGCAGCUUACUCGCCCCCCUCCACGAACAUCCAGACUGAGGCAUACGCUACAGAAACCACGAGCGUUGGUCUGGUACCAGAUCAGGAAAUCGGCGCUCCAGAAUCAGACCAUAGCCUGGGGGCCUUGAAAUGCCUGCCGAUCAGUCCUGCCCAGUCAAACAACCACCUUGGAGUCUCACCAAGCUCGGCCCUUGAUUUUCUGUCUUCAACGUUUGAAAAUCUUGAUUAUUCCUCAUCUUCGCUGUCAAGCGAGUCCCAACCACAUGUAGGCCCAUGCGCAUGUGUAGCGCCUCAAUGGCCCUGCGCACUUUUUGCGUCAUCGCCCAGAGCAUCAAGUUCAUCGGCUCCGCACCAGGCGACGCGGGAUAAUCAAUUCACCGUCAGUCCCGAGGAUCAUCCUUCCCAGGGGGCGAGUUGUCAGGAGCGGUUUAUCCACAUUCUCAACAGCAUACACCACGCAGGGUAUGAGAGUAUCGAGAAAAGUAAGUUUGCGGCAUUCUCCAACCUUGAUGGGCUUCCGAAGUAG